AUGGCAGCCAAGAUCAGCCUCCCCGUCAUGGAGGAGAAGCGCCCGCGCAGCCGUCCUCGCCGCCGGCACCGACCUCUCCUGAUCCUAACCCUUGUCGCCAUCGUUCUCUACGCACUAUACAGCUUCCGACCUAUAUCGUCCUAUGCAGGCCGACUCGUCACGCCCAAGCCCACGGCGGCCGCGUCGUCAGACGAACCCUCCCCGGGAGCCGAAGAAUCCGCCACGACGGGGGCGACCAAGAAUCUCGUCCCGCUGGAGGCACACAUCAUGAGCAAGUGCCCCGAUGCCAAAGACUGCCUCAAGGAGCUAGUUCUACCAGCCAUGAUGCGCGUAUACGAGAAAGUCAACUUUACCCUAUCCUACAUCGGGACCCCGACCGAGAAUGACGGCGUCGAGUGUAUGCAUGGGCCCAACGAGUGCAUGGGAAACAUCAUCGAGCUGUGUGCGCACCAGCUGUACCCAGACCCGAAGAUAUGGCUCGGCUUCACGAUGUGCUUGACGAGAGACUACAAGCAGAUUCCUCAAAGGGAGCUUGUCGAGGACUGCGCUCUGGAGCAUGCGAUAGACUUCGACAAACUCAAUGACUGCGCCGCCAAGGACGACGGGGCCUUUGGGAUGGGUAUGCUACGAAGCAGUGUGCAGCGAUCCGCUAAUGUACGUCGUGACAAAACUCCAGGACCUCAUGCACUGCACCUACCCCUGGAACUCGGCUGA